CAACUGCGAAAAUGUCUAUACUAAAGGGCAAUAGUCUAUCAUCUCAUAUUAUUAUGUAGAGUCUAUAUCUAGGCCUUGAUCUACAUUCCGGAAAUGUAAAAUGGCCGGAGACUCCGAUUCUGUUAAUGGUUUACUGAUGAAUGUUGAGACUCCACUGCAAUGUAGUAAACACAUGACUUCAUCAUUUUAAGUGAAGGAUGUCUAAAUGGUAAUAGGAUCAGUCCAACUUACUCUGUUAGGCUUCGUCUGGACUGGUAUCUGAUGAUGAGAUGUUUGCCUCAUCAAGUACAACUAUUAAUGAUCUCUUUGAAAGACCGACUACUUCAGAGUGUGAUGAUGCAGUUUGCUUACCAAGGAGGAAAAUGAAGUUAAAAGAUGAAAAGCUGUGCGGUGUUUGUGGAGAUAAAGCUCUGGGUUAUAACUUUAAUGCUAUAACAUGUGAGUCUUGUAAAGCCUUUUUCAGGAGAAAUGCCUUAAAAGACAAGACAAUGGUGUGCCUUUUUGAAAACAAGUGUGUUGUGGAUAUACGAACAAGGCGCUUUUGUCCAGCUUGCAGAAUAAAAAAAUGUUUUCACAUUGGAAUGAACAGGGAUAUGAUUUUAGAUGAUUCAGAAAGAAAGAAGCGUAUGAGCAAAGUAAUAGAAAACAGAGCAAAACGUGAGCCUACAUCUACAUCCUCUUCGGAAAUACACAUAAAAACAGAGAUUGACACAGAUGACUCAAUGUCAUGUGAGGGCAACACAGAACUUAUAAGGCCACCAACACCUUAUGGAAAAUCACAUGGUGACAAACCAGAAAUUCUUUUCAAACACAUCCCAAAACACUUGUUACCAGCAAACAAAAGCAUGUACUAUACAUUGAGCUUAGAAGAAUCCUCUUUACUGAAGGACUUGACCCAUGCUUAUCAGGAAACUUUAGCUGCCAUGCCAGAGAUGGGUCCAUAUUCAGAAGAAAAAAAAUAUAAUAGAGCAGCUGAUCUCGUUAACCACUCAGAGAUUUGUGUGCGUAAAAUGAUUUUGUUUGUAAAAUAUUUAGCUGAUUUCAAACUUUUAAGCCAGGAUGAUCAGAUAGCUGCUCUUAAAGCCAGUGUGAUGAAAACUGUUUUGUUGCGGUCUGCUUUGUUCUAUAUUAUAGAAAAAGAUGCUUGGAUUACGCCUAAGGGGGAAAUUCCUUCUAGUAUACUGAAAAAAUCUACAGGCUUUGUCUCUGUACAUAACAAUCAUGUUUACUAUUGUCGAAGAGUUAAGUCAAUGGCUCAGGAUGAUCUACAUAUAUAUUCUCUUUUACAGGCUUUAAUUCUCUUUGAUCCUGCUGGACUAAAUCUAACAAGCAGAGAGUAUGUAUCUACCAUCCAGGAUAAAUAUUUAAUUCUGCUAAAACAUUAUAUGGAGUCAAAGUUCUCCUAUGACUACUCAAGAGAGUACUAUGUCAGUGCUUUGGACAGACUCAGUGACUUGAGAGUCCUGAGUGAAGAGCAUGCUAAAAUUCUGCUUCAGGUCAAUCCUGUGGAUGUGGAACCCCUAAUGCUAGAAGUACUGAAUCUCAAGUGAUCUCUUCUGUUCUAGUACAGUCAGCUGAUUGUAAAGUAUAUGUCAGUUUAUUAGUGCAAAUUUGUGUGUUUUUAUGAUGAAAUUUCUGUUUCAUGUUCUGACCAAGUCAAAACCACUGACGUAAAUACUUACAAAAUAUAUUUAUCUCUAAUUCUUUCAGAAUUUUUUUUUUUAUGUAUAAAGAUAAAUAAUUUUUGAAAAAAAAAAUUAGCUUGACACUUUUUAAGUUUAAAUAAUUGUCUUAACUAUUUAUUUGUAUCCGACUUCAUUCAAUUACCUUGAGUUGUAUCAUUCAGCUGUGCCAUAUCCCUUUUAAACUAUAUUACACCAGUCAGUUGUACCCGCGCUUGUAAAUGUUACAAUCACAACAUUGAGAGUAAAUAUACAUUUUUGUGUAUAACCUACAACUAUUAAUGUCCUGCUUUCUUUGAAGCUUUCUAAUGAGAGGUACAAAGUAAAACUUUAUUAUUUGGAGUAGAUGUAAUUACAUCUUAUGCCUUCAAUUUCUAGAUAGCAUAUCAUUAGUAUAUUUCAUUAAGAUUAUUUUUGUAAAUGUGUAUAUAUUUUUAGAUAAAAUAAAAUUAUAUCAUGCCUAUCAAAAUGUAUUCUUCAAGCAGAUUAAUGGCUUUCAUCAUGGGUAUCUAAAACAUAAUUGAAAUAGAAAGAAAAUAAUUUGUAAAUGCAAGUCAACAGUAUCAACUAAUUGUUACAUCACCUUAUGAAUCACACAGAGAAUGGAAUUAAAAUCUCCAACAAAGGGUGUCGUGAUAAAAUAAUAUUCUUUGAAGCAUUAAAAACUUUACAAAUUAUUACCCUUUUAUAAGUUUACAAAUUAUUACCCUUUCAUAAGUUGAUUAAUAUUUUAGUUUAGUCUAAAAAAAAAAAACUCAACAUCAAGGGAAAUUUUGAAAGUCAUUCUCAAACUCCUUGUGAGUUUGAGAGACACUAAUCCGUUUUCCAAAAGCCCUGGACAAAGCCUGAGGUUGUCACCAUGCAGGCCAAGAGCAUAUAGCUUCCAAGACUUGCUGAAAAAUAAAUUCUGCAAGUCCUGGACAGUGAAUAGAAUAUGAGACAAAAUAUGGAACACUAGCCCAUCCAGCAGUAUGCUAUUAUAGCUUGUUCAGGCCUGAGUAGCCUCCACCAUGAGGAGGUGCAGUCAGAGUGACUCGUGCUCUCAGAUUCCUUGGGAAAUGUCCGGGUACUCAAACCAUUUUUCCAAGAAAUGUUCCAUUACAAAAACUAUUCGCUGAAAAAAAUAUAAAAUUACUAAGGUUUAUGAUGUAAUUCACUCUAGUUUAAUUUUUGGUUCAUUGCUAUCAAUACAGUAGCUCUACAUAAUUUGUGAUUUUCAUUUGUGCAAUAGUUAAAAUACACAGAGAGAGCUAAUGUAAAACAAUGUGUUGUCUCACACUAUUUGGAUUAUUAACUAAAUUUGAAUCAGUGUGCCAUUUGUUAUACUUUUUUUUAAAAUGUUUUUUGUUGGGCUUAUAAUUAUUACUCAGAGGACAGCUAUAUGUUUUAUUUUUUUUAUCUUAACACAAGUGAGAUUAUUGGCAUCAAAUUAUCUUUUUUGUGUGUGGAUUUCCAUUCUUGUAAUAUAAUACCAGAAAAGGAAAUAUUUAGAAAAAAAAAAAGUUAAACUCAUUCUGUCAUUUUAUUUUUGUCAAAUCAGUAUAAUUUUUUAUUAUUAUUUUAAAGUUAAUUAUGUAGAUUAAUUAAUUAUUCAUAAGCUAAGUAUUACAACUAGAUUUGAGAGCGUAUUUUUAAAAAGAUAUAUUUUUUUAUUAUGAUUUUAUAUGUACAGGUGAAGAGAAAAGGAAAAUUUUAAGAUAUGAAGAUAUAUUUUUUCUUUUAGUUGCUUUUAUCAAUACUAUAAUGGUUAGAAAUGUUUUUAAAGUGCUUUUUCCUUCCAAAAUAGUGUUAAGUGUCAAUUUUAAUUACAACAAAAUGUGAAAUGCUAUUCCAUUUUUUCUUGUUUGUUACAUAAACCUUUGUACAUAACAAAAUGUUACAAUAUUUUUUUUGUAUCUUUAUUAGUUAGCUUCUUGUGUAAAUAAAAUAUCUGUGAUCCUGUUAACCUACAUAGGCAAAUUAGUCUGUACUAAAUUUAUGUUUAUUGUUUGCCACCUUUAACGUUCAAGUUGAUUCAUUGCUUUGUUGCUCAUUAGAAAUAUGCUAAUUUACUUUGAUUGACUCAUUUACCUCAUUUUAAAAUUGUGUUAUGAAAUAGUGUGUACUCUAAUUGUUCUCUAGAUGCACUGUUUUAAUCAGGUGUUAAUCAUUUUCUUUUUCUGAUAGUUGUUUUAGUUAUUAUGUAUGAACUAUUGAAACAAAACUAGCAUCGAAGUGGUGUCCAAACCAAGCCAAGCAUGUUGAAGUUUUUUCCAUUAUUUUUUUUUUUAUGAGUUUAAAUCUUUUUCAUUAUAUAUGAAGAAGACGAGCAAAAAAAAAAUUAUUAUUUUUUCAAUGUUAACAUAAAACUUGUGUCUUAAUGUCUCUUUUGAUGUCAUGUUACACUUGUUGUUACUCUUGUCAUUGGCUUUCACACUCUAAGUAGUAUACAAAUGGCCUUUUAUCAUCAUACAUAUUUAUAGAGAAAUUGUUUACAAUGCGUUGCCUCUUACUGUUAAAAUAUGAUUAAAGAAUUUCUAAAAAUGUAAUUUUAAAUGUGUUUUUGUUAACAUGCCUUUGCUGCUGGGUCUUUUUAUAAAUUCAUUUAUUAGUAAUAAUUAGUAGAAGCUGAUUUCUUCUUGAUCUUACUGACAAUGUUAUUAACUGAUUAUUGACUUGUAAAGUUAUUAAUAGAUUACUAAGACAAAAACUAAUCUUUAUUGAAACAAAACAUUACAAAAGUAACAGGAAUUGUAAAACCACAACAUUUUGUGAUUUUGAUUGUAUACAUCUUUGAAUAUAUUUGUUUUCUAGAUGUGAUAAUUUACUAAUAGAGAAAUAUUGUUGCUAUACCAGUACUGUAAAUGAUUAGUUUUUAAUAUUGAAAGAAAUAAAAUAGAAAUGUCAACAAACUGUAAACUUCAAAUUAAGCAAGUAAAAGUUGAUUCAAGGAAUUUCAAACAACAGUUCAUUAUGGGUGUAAUUGAAAUAUACUUCUCUGUUUUGAAUUUUUAUUUUGGCCUUGCAUCUGAAGGAACAUCAUUUUUAUGAAUGCAUACAUUAGACCCAAAAGUUACACUAACUGCAUAAUUGAAUCUUACUAAUUUGAUUAAAUUACAAUGGUCUGUCACAUUUUAGGGUAUUUACUAUUGUCUGCAUUUUAAUUAGGGAGAAGACAAUUUUAUACAACUUUAAAUUCAAAACAAUCAGCUAUUAUUUAAGCUCUGUUAAUGUAUUUAAUGGAUUUAUAAAAUGUUAAUUAAUCGCAAUCUUUGGUUUACAUCAUAAUUUUUCAUUAUCACGAUUUCUAAAGUAAUGUGUUAUUCCCAAGCAUUAUUUUCAAUUAAAUAAUUAUAAAGAAAAAGUAUAAUUAAUAAUUAUGAUGACUUGAGAUGGUUUCUAGCUCUUCUAUCUCAAAUACUGUAAAUUAAUGGGCUCAGGUGGUUGUAUGAUCCCUAAUUUAUAUUAACACGAUGUUGAAGGCAUUGUUUUCAAAUCCCAUGUCUAAGGAAGAGAUUAUCCAACCCAAAUGCUAUGGACAACAUGAUAAAAGAACUCACUCAUAUUUAAGUACAAACACAACUUUUCUGCAGUUGCUUUUUUUUCAUUACUCUUAUUUAUUUAAACAGCUGUAGUGACCUACUUCGGACUUUUUUCUUUAAUUACAGAUUGCUUAAAUAAUUAUUUUUUUCUUUUCUAGAAAUUCUUAUUGUAGUUUAAUAACUUGAGUAGCAUUGUUUAUCAGCAUCCAGCAUAUUUUAUAGUAAUUGAGUUAUAAAAAUUAAAUAAACUGUUUUGUUGUUUUUUUAAACAAGACCUUGAAUAAAGUAAUUCAUAUGAUUAGUUAUAAGCUAUCUACUGUUAAAUUUAAGAAUUUUAACUUUAUGACUUUGCAGUUCAGAAAAAGUUAUGCAUGCAAAAUUUGAAAAUUAGCAUUGAGUGAUUGAAGACAUAGUUAGUUGUUUACAUGCUCUAAGCUACCUUACUGCCUAGGGCAGUCAUCACUCUCUCUGUAUGCUGCCCACAAAAGUUAUCUUAAGUUUUCUUCUGACAUUUUCCUGUUUCCAUUUGAGAGAAGUUUUGGAAUGUUUAUGUUCUUGCAUUCUAAAUACACACACACACCUGUCCACUUUAACUUAUUUCAGAUUGAUGAAAUCAGCAAGAACAGUAACUCAUUUUGUUUCAAUAUGGCUUUGUUCUACAUAUGGCCAUGUAAAAAUCAUCUGAAAUGGUAUUGAGGCUUUUAUGAAAGAAUACAUUUAAUCAUUGAUAUUUAAUUUUACUGCUAUUCUGGGAACUAAUAAAUUCAAAGUUGCAGUUACAAGAUUAGUUUUCUGUAUAACUUUUGAUACGUAGAUUGAAUGAAGAUAUGAAACUAGAGUUUAAGUACGGGUAUUUUUUGUGGUCUUGCCUUUUUUUUUUUCUUGUAUAAAUUUUAAGGCAUAAAGAUAUAAAAGCCGUUAUUUACGCUUUGUCAGGUAGAAAAAUAUUUUUUAACAAAUUCAAUUAGAUGUUUAAGUUGUCCAGUCUUAAAUAUGAAGAAAUACCAGUAAAUGAAAAAUACUUAGUCAUGCUUUUAUUGCUCAACACAUUUUAAUUUUUUGCUUGCUUAUCUUGCUCAUUUCAUUUUUUCUUUUAUUUCAUAAGGUCAUUGUUUUAUUUGUAAAAAGCAUUGUAAGAGCUGUUUCUUUAAAACUUUUGCUGUAACCAGAUAAAAAAAAAGAAGAUAAAAAAUAUGCUAUGUACUAAGGAACUUUUGAUUUUGAAGGUUUACCUCCAUUAUUCUCAACUCAUUUGGUUCAUUCUGGUAUUGCUGAAAAUGCAUUUUCCCAAAUGGGUUUUUAUCAAGUUCUUUAAUUUAUCUUCAUCCCAUGUUUGUGUUGAAUCAUCUUUUGCAUAUGUAUUUUUGAUUCAUAAACAAUUUAGAUAUGAAAUAAAGAACAUUGUAGUAUAAUAAUCAACUUCAAAAAGUAUUGAUUAUGGGUAUAUUUCAGGGCUAAUACAGAUAAAGAUGAUAAUAAUAUCCUUUUCUAGUUAUGCCUUUUUUUCCCUUUUCUAAUCUCUUUCUUCUUAUUGCUAGUAGUUCAGACUUACACUAUUCUUGUUUGCCUGUAAAUUUAGUCAACUCUCGGUAAAGCCCUAUUAAGCCUGUAGGUUGAGUUUACAUGAACCUAAAAUUCUGUGGUAUCCUUAGGUCUUCCUCUGCCACCUGACAGUACUGUGGGAGAAACCUAAGUAAUAGCCACAUUUAGCCUUUUUACACAGAGGAUGCUAAAACUAACAAACAUUACAUCUGUCAUAGGAAGUUAUUGUUGUUACAAUAUAUUUCACUGAAUAUAAAAUUAGUCAAACCAGUCCUCCAAUUCCGAGUGAGUCUAGGAAGUAGUGGAAAGAUGAUUUCAUUUCUUACAUUGAGAUAACAAACUAAUGGAGAGCUUUUUUAGGCUAUAAAUAAAUCAUGUUUUGUGUGCAACAAUUAAAUAAAUAAUUGUUUCAUGCAUAAGAUAUCCUUAUGGCAGCGCUUUAAAUGGACUUCGUCAAGCAUUUCAAGUUUCAUAUGUGAACAAGUAAGUAAAGUUAAAUUACGGUACUUAAAAUAUACUUUUUUUUUGGUAGGCAAUAGUGAAGGAAGAUUGAUGUGGCUAGCACAACCACCUUUACUCACCACAAGAGAUGUUACAUAUUUGUAUUUAUGCUGGGCAAGUGUUCUUCUAAUACCAUGGAGAAACCAAUUUGAACUCAGGUCUUAUUGUUUGCUGAGAGCUCAUCUCCAUCACCAUGUAUCAUUUAAAUAUGUAUUGUAUUUCUACCAAAUAUGAAAAUAUUGAUCAGUUCAUAUUAUAAUAUCCUUUAUGUGAUGUGUCAUUUUGUGGAACUUGUAACUAUGUUGUUGUUACUACAAGACUUGGUUUGAAACAUCUCCUUUUUAUUGGUGCCGGUGAUUGGUGUUCAUAAACAUAUUCACAUUGCCAACACUGGCCUUGAUCAUGGUUUUUGUUGUUCUUAAAUUAUAUCCCCUAGAUUAUAUGUUGAUAUAUGUAUUCUUAUCUUUUGACAAGGGUCUGUAAUAUUUCUAUGGUAAUGAACUAGGAUGUAUUCUCCUAUAGUGUGUUCUGUGGGUUGUGAUGUCUUCGCUCAUUUAUACCACCAAGAGUCUGGCCUUUUGAUUUUAUUACAUUGGUCAGUCAGUAUUCCGAGCACCCAACUUUGUAUCAGCCAUUCAUCAUUUUCUUAUACGUUUAAGAAAGAUGAUGUCAUCCUUGACAUUCCUUACGUGUGUUGCAGUGAUUGGGUUUAUCUACCUAGAGUUGUGUAUAUUUAUCAUUGUACAUUGUUCACAUUGACUAUGGUAUUGUGACUUUAGAUUGUAAUGCAAAUACAUGUAUUUAACCCUGUUGUUAAGUAGAAUAUUUAUCUAAGCCUGUCACUGUUUUACUUAGUGUUAGAAAAUUCAGAAAAAAACAACAAAACACAAUAUUUAUAUAUUUUUCAUUAAUUUUUUUCAAAUGGAAAUAGCUGAUGCAUAUUUGAUUACAGGAAAAAAAAUUACAUUAAUGAGAUAAACUUAUUCUGUGUGUAAUAUUUUUUUGUUUUGAUGUCACGAUCUAAUCAUAAAGGUACAUGUACUUGUAUUUUAAUUUAAUCUAAAAACAUAUAAUGGGAUUGUAUUUCUAAAUGUCUUUUAGGUUUUCGGAAGGCAGGUAACUAUAAAUCAUUGAAAUCCAUUGGUUUCUAUUUGUCUGUUAUUUACUUCCCUUUGUUUGAGACAAAAUGUCUGUAAACAUUCAAUAAAAGGUUGCCAGCACUGGAGUGGAUUUUUUUCUUCUUCGUGAAAUAAACAUUCAAUGCAAAGACAUUUUCAUUUUUAAAGAAUAAAAUAUGUUGACAA